GCAAAAGAAAGCAAAUUCACCAAACCCUUUUGUCGUAAGAAUAUAAUAAUAAGCCGUUCGGUGAGUGCACUCUCUUUCUCUAUCACUGUUGUUGUGUAUCUGUGCGACGUGCGAGAUCUCCAACGAAAAAAUGGCUUGUAGACUCUUGUGGGCUUCUAGGGUUGCUUCUCAUCUAAGGAUCUCCGUUGCUCAACGAGGGUUUUCUUCCGUGGUUUUGAAGGAUUUGAAAUAUGCUGAUUCACAUGAAUGGGUGAAGAUUGACGGGAAUAAAGCAACCUUUGGUAUAACUGAUCACGCACAGGACCAUUUAGGAGAUGUGGUCUAUGUGGAGUUACCUGAUGUGGGACAUUCAGUGUCACAAGGGAAGAGUUUUGGAGCGGUCGAAAGUGUGAAAGCGACGAGCGAUAUCAAUUCUCCAGUCUCAGGUACGGUGGUUGAAGUCAAUGAGGAGCUGACCGAGUCCCCUGGAUUGGUGAACUCUAGCCCGUAUGAACAAGGAUGGAUCAUAAAAGUUGAGCUGAGUGAUGCAGGCGAGGCAGAGAAGCUGAUGGAUUCAGACAAGUACUCUAAGUUCUGCGAAGAAGAAGACGCCAAGCACUGAGCUUUUUAAUGUUUUUUAUAUAUUUUCCAGACCCUUCUCGACGUUUAUACUGCAACACAGAUUGUUGUUUUCUCAGUCGAGAAUCAAAACGAGAUUCUCCAUCUGUCCAUUGGACCGAAAAUUCCUAUCUCUCGUUCUCCUUCUUUCUUUUUAUGUUUUUUUUUUUUUUUUUUUAAAUUAAAUUGUUUGAAUAAUGGUAGAAAAUAAUAAGCUUUGGGAUAACAUUGAUUGGAUCUUUCAUGGA